GAAACGGAGGCGCGCCGCCGCCUCCUGCAGGCUAUAUAAGGCAGUGCGCGUGCGCGGCCUGGCCCCCGCGUGGCCAAGCAUCAGGUGUGAAUUCGACGUCUCUGAGGAAAACGGCGCGAGCAGGUCUCCUCAUCAUGGUGCAGCUAUCUCCACCCCGGUCCCUGGAUGUGACAGAGGAACCUGAAGGUCAGCAGGAGCAGAGGGUGGAGAACCUGGAGGUGUCCACCACCUACCAAGGCUAUGAGACCUACAUAGAAGAUGGCCUCAUCUGCCUGAAGCACAAAGUCCGCAACUUGGAGAAGAAGAAGCUGAAGCUGAAGGAGUACCAGAAGAGGCUGGUCCAGGGGGAGGUCCUCAACAAAGAUCAGAUGGCUGCUGUAGAGAAGUUUGACCAGGUGCUCCAUCACCUGGAGUUCGCCCGGGAGAUGCACAGAACCCUGGACGGCCUGACCCAGAGCCUGUUGAAGGCUCAGAAAAAGGCGGUUAAGCAGGAGCAGGCUGAGAAGCUGGAGGCUGAGAGGAGGCGUCUGACCCUGAUGCUCCAGUUCCAGAACCUUCUGGUUGUUCUCCAGCAGGAACAUGUGAGGAAGGAGCUGAUGGCAGGAAGCAGUGACGCUCCCUACAUCCCAGCUCCGCUGCUGCACAGCCUGAACCAGCUGGCUGCCUUGUUGGGGGUCACCAGGGACGGUCAGCUGAGCCUGGAGGAGCAGAUGGAGCAGGCGGCCUCGGCCUACAUGGACCUCCUGGAUGGGAAGGAGAAACCUGUGGUUGGUUCGACAUAUAAGCGGCUGAAGGAGGAGCUCCUCAGACUGUUGAACUACAAGUUCUUCAGCCGUCCACCGCCCCCCCCCAGCAGGACUCCAGUGCGUUCAGUGAGCUCGGCUGGUCAGAGCGCUUUAAAAUUCAUGCCACAGGAAAAGUCAAAGGAGUUUUUGAACAGGCUCUACCAGACUGAUGUGGAGACUGCAGAGGGGAAGGACUGGAAGGAGGAAUUUAAGGCUGUGAGGGAGCGGGAGCCUCCAGAUAGCUGGGAUGCAGACUUCCCUGAUGGAGCCAUGUCUCCACAAACUCCAGCCAACAAACCGUGGAAGGGGGCGGCCACUUUCAUCCCUAAAAUCCCCUCCAAAGCCUGCUCUGCUGAGAGCAAACGGAGAAAAGAGAAUAAAACCAAAGCGGAACGAAAUGCUAAGCUGCCUAAUCAAAUGAAUAUACUGGUGGAGGUCUUCAGCUCCCCCUCUGCUUUACCCGAAGACCCCGUACUCCGGAAGCAGCAUCUGGAGGAUCUCAUGACAAAGAUCCAUGGCUCCUUCAGCUUCAUGCAGGACUCCCUCCUGGAUGGUGACACAUCACUGACCAAUGGUACACCCAGGCUAACUAGGCGUUCACCUGGAGCGCUCUCUCCUCUAGCCCAGGGAUGUCUGAGAAGCCCCCCUGAUUUUCUGGCCAAAACUCUGCAUUCAACCCCAUUACCUCCCAGGCUGAGGGAGCGCAAAGCCAGUAUGACGAGUGGGGAUCAGAGCCUGGAGACCAGUGACCUGGAGCCCUCUGUGAAGCACCAGUCCCAAGAGUCGCUCCAGCUGGCUGAAAGGAAGCGGCAUUCCUCACCGCCUCUGUACCACCGGGAGGCUCUUGUAUCUGGCCAGGAAGGGAAGAACUGUUCACAUACCCCAGGAAGUGACUCAGGGAAGCAGUCCCCCUGUAAUGGGCUGAGGUCCAACACCUCCACUCCACCCCAGGCAGAGUCCUUCUCCACCCCUCCAAUGAGGAGAGCUCUCACUACAUCACAGUUCCAGAACAUUCACUCGGUCUUCAAAAUGGCUGCAUCCUUACCCCACAACGGAGAGCUGCACUACAAAUCCCAUGGUGCAGUCUGCUCUGGGCCCAAGUACAGCACUGCCAGUACCCAGACCCCGCCAGAGUUCGCCCCCCCAGAUGAUGAGCUCCUGAUGGGGUACCAGUCGGACUACUCGGCCAUUAAUGGUGGACAGAUCUUCCCGUCCCCCGGCUUCUCUGCUCCAUCCUACACCAGAGGAUCUGUUAGAGGUAUGACACCUGGUGGCAAGGGAGCGCCUCACACCUUUUGGUCCUCUGGGCGCCAUGCAGGAGGACCCUAUGCCCCCCCACCCCAUCUCAGGGACUCUGGCCCUCUUCUCUAUGCAGCUAAAGACUCUGGAUAUCAGCACAUGUUCAGACGAGGAGGAGGCAGACAUGGCUGCAAUGCAGCCUGGAGUGACUCUUCCCCAGUGAGCAGCCCCGACAGGGAUGGAGCGUUUACCAUGGUGGACUCGGGUCACGGGGAUUCCCUGUCCGUGUCGACGGUGGAGGUGCCGCUGACGCCGCACAGCCAUCCGCCUGCAGCCUUACUCCCCAUGCCUCUCUACCCGCUCUCCCAGCCGCUGCGCGUGGCCUUCACUGCCUCUCGCACUGCCAACUUUGCACCAGGAAACCUUGACCAGCCUAUAGUGUUUGACCAGCUGCAUAGCAACCUGGGGGAGAUGUACGACGCCCACAUCGGCCACUUCACCUGUCCUGUGAACGGGACCUACGUGUUCAUCUUUCACAUCUUGAAGCUCGCCAUCAACGUUCCCCUCUACGUCAACCUCAUGCGUAACGAGGAGGUGAUGGUCUCUGCGUAUGCUAACGACGGAGCCCCCGACCACGAGACCGCCAGCAACCACGCCAUUCUGCCCCUCUUCCAAGGAGACCAGGUGUGGCUCAGGCUGCACCGCGGCGCCAUCUAUGGCAGCACAUGGAAGUACAGCACAUUUUCAGGCUUCUUGCUUUAUCAGGAAUGAAAGAUUAGAAUGAGGGUUGGUGUUUCACUAAGGUUUCAGGACCUACUCUGGUUUUCCCCUCUGCAAAACGCUAAAACUAUGCGCUAGUAUCCGGUGCUGUCACACAGAAGCCAUUUUUUUUUUUUUUUUUUUUUUAGAUCAAAGUUAAAAGCAGUCGCCAUAAAACCAUGCUAUACUUCACCUGCAUGGCCUGUAGGUUUGACCUCCCAAUGACUUCUAUGCGAUGUUCCUGAUCGAUUUUCUGGAAGGCGUUUGGUAACCUAGCAGCAGCUGCAUGGGUCGCAGCUUUCUGCCGUAGAAACCAUGACGAUGAGGGGGGGAUGCUGGUGUUGGUGGUGGGUGUGGUGCCGUACACAUGAGACUAGAAAUGAGCACCUACAUGCCUUUUUGUGGAAUACAGGAGGCUUCUUGUUGUGCCUGAAUAAAAGAUGA